AAACCAGGCAGUGAUGCAGCUGCUCAGGAUGCUCUCAAUAGUCUCUCUAUAGAAUGUAGUGAGGAUGGGGGAGGGAGAUGUGCUUUUCUCAGCCUUCGAAGAAAGUAGAGACGCUGCUGGGCUUUCUUGAUGAUAGAGCUGGUGUUGAGGGACCAGCUAAAAUGAAACACUGUGAGCUAUUUCUCCUUUUCAUGAUCAUGGACAGCUCAACAAAUGCUGAAGAAGUGACCUGUCAGGAGGAAGAACUCAAUAACACUCAGAUUUUAGUUGGACAUCCAGGUAUCACUCCACCAUAUAAAUCUGGACAAAUCUUAGUUUUCCGAUGCACGGAUGUGAAUAUGAAGAUGUCCGGUCAACGACUAAUUGAAUGCCAGUCAAAUGGAAAAUGGGAUAACCCAUAUCCACAAUGUGAAGUUCAGUGUAGGCGACCACCAAGCAUGGUCCAUGAGAAUGCAGAUACAAAAGAAAUGACAAGGAAUAAGUACAAUUCAGGAGAGAAGGUUGAAUACGUGUGCUUUAAUAAAUACGUAAUGGAGGGGGACAGUUUCUUGACCUGUGUGCAAGGCAAAUGGAGAGGACAUUUUACAUGUUUAAAGCCCUGUACAGUGACAGUAGAUGAAAUGGACAAAAGGAAUAUACAAUUGAAGAAGGGUGAAUGGGGAAAAAUAUUUGCACCAUACGGGGAUUAUAUCUCGUUUGUGUGUCAGUGGUUUAAUUAUCAAAAAGGCAACACUUCCUUUAGACAAAUGUGUCGAAAUGGAGUGUGAUGCCUCUUCCUGAGUGUGAAUAACAAUGUGAAUACAUUGCUGAAGCAUCUGUUGCACCUUGACCAAGCAAAACUAAUGGAGCAAGUAAAAAAGUAUUUUUCCCCAAUUGACUUUAGUCU